AUGGCUCAAUACAGACCAUUACGUGUUUGUAAGUGUGGCAAAUGUGAAUGUGAUCUUGCUACAGCUCAAGAGCAGGAUCGUGAAGCUGAAAAAGUCCAUGAGUUUCUCUUUGGACUAGAUGAUAACUAUCGCACUGUGCGAUCAACUCUGGUUUCUCGGACUCCUCUUCAGCCUUUGGAGGAGGUUUACAACAUUGUGCGCCAGGAGGAGGAUCUUAAAACCACAGUUCGCCACAGUGAAGAGAUGCCAGAAGUGACGGCUCAUGCAGUUCAGGCGAGACCACGCAUGACUGUUGCUCGCAGUGAUACUCCUGACAACUCUGUGCUUUGCAAGCAUUGUCACAGAUCCGGUCACUCUUCUGAUUCAUGUUUUGCAGUGAUUGGGUAUCCGGAGUGGUGGGGAGAGAGACCACGUAGCAGAAUCACACAAGGACGAGGAAGAGGAGGAAUUGUUGGAGCUGCACCAGUUGGACGUGGGCGUAACGUCAAUUACGCUAAUGCCGUCCAGGUCCCUGCUCCUCCAACUAACGAAAUUGUGAAUUACACAAUCACAGAUCGCGAUCGUGAUGGUGUGAGCGGACUUAAUGAUGCACAAUGGCGUGCGUUGAUGAAUCUAUUGAAUGGUGGGGCAAACACAAGCUCAGAAAAACUCUCGGGUAAGUCCACAAUCCCUUCUUGGAUAAUGGAUACCGGAGCCUCUCACCAUAUCACGGGGAAUUUUUCUUUGUUAACGGAUGUGAGGAAUAUGGAUCCUGUUCUAAUCAUAUUGGCUGAUGGUAGAGAAAGAAUUUCAAUAGUACAAGGGACGGUUCUUUUGGGUUCACAUCUGAUAUUGAAAUCGGUAUUCUUUGUCGAGGGAUUUCACACGGAUUUGAUAUCUGUAGGACAGUUAAUGGAUGAGAAUAACUGUGUUGUUCAACUCGCUGAUCAAUUCCUUGUCGUCCAGGACCGCAUUUCGAGGAUGGUGAUUGGAGCGGGUAAACGGGAAUCUGGAACCUUCAGCUUCCGCAGAGCAGAGUUGAGUGCUUCGGUGAGGACUUGCGAUGACAAAAGCUAUGAGUUGUGGCAUCAUAGGUUGGGUCAUCCGUCUGCUCAAGUUGUUGGUUCACUUCCUCAUGUUUCUGUUUCUGUUUCUGAUGUUUCCAAUAAGGCGUGUGAUGUGUGUUUCCGCCAAGCAAACUCGUUCUUCUUUUCCGACUAG